ACCAUCUUUAAAGGUUUCAGAGAUACGUCCAUAUAAUAGAUAGUAGAGAUACAUAGCGUACAUUGCUGGUCGUAUACGCUUAUUGUUUGCACAAUGGUAGUAAGUAACUGGGACUGUGCUCACCCCGAUCAUUGGCAUAAAGUGCUUGCACACAACGAUGACAUCGACAUGCAGUAUGGACCCUUAAGGCUCACUCCUCAUGCAACACCUGAUUCUGUAUGUGAGAUAGAUGCAGUCACUAUAGAUAGACCAGAAGAAGUGGGUAAGCAUUCCGUAAUAGCGAAAACUAAAGAUGGAGAAAAUAAUCCAGUGGUAACAUCAGAUGAUGAGCAUGACUACGAUUGCAACACAUCGGCACGGACGGAGGAAAGUGCAAGUAUAAAUUGCCCACAAGAAUUUCAGAGUACAAACGACGUACAGUUUAUUCACAACACAAUCAAUCGCGUAAAUGGGAGGUUAGAUAUUAAUGCACGUAAACCCCUGUCUUAUCCAGAAGUGACCGUGCAAACAUCGGAUUUGGUGACACAUAGCACACACUUUGAACUGGAGUCUAUAGAGAUCUACUCGUCGGCUGCUUCUGUGGAGGUGAAGAGUGCUACGGGUUAUAUAGGCACAUACCGCAGUCAAGAGGGCAUUGACCAGUAA